UUGAGUUUUUUUUUUUUCCUACCUAAUGUACAAGAAAUCACUUGACUGAGACAAAUGUGAGGGACUAUAGCAGACUUUGGAUUCCAUCUUCUGUCCAAACUAACAAAACAAAAUAACCCUUCUCAAACUCGAUUGAUUAAAAAAAAAAAAACAAACAAACGCAAACACAAAAAAUUAUUGGACUUUGUUGUUCUAAAGGAGGAGGGCAAGAAGGGGCUCACUUUAUGAUCAUUCUGAACUGAUAAGGUUUACAGCAAUGCCAUAUACUAAAGUGUGUAAACUUUCUUAAAAAUAACCCCAGAGUUGCUGACCACUCUGUUUGUGACUUUGUGCCUGUUAGCACUAGAAACACAUUUUUUUCGUCCACAUUUCUAUUUUCAAAAUGUCUGGCAUUACUAAAAAUCACAAUCCUCACGGACUCCGGCCAACAGGUUUGGAUCAGAUCUGGGAUGAUCUCAAGGAGGGUAUUGAGCAGAUAUACAGGCGAGAAAAUAUGGCAAAAAGUCGAUAUAUUCAAUUAUAUACCCAUGUAUAUAACUACUGUACUAGUGUUCAGCAAAAUACCAGUCAGGGACAGCAGCCCAGAACACUUACUGGCAAAAGAGUUAAGCAGCCAACUGGAGGUGCACAGUUCGUUGGCUUGGAACUUUACAAACGAUUGAAAGAAUAUCUGAAAAGUUACUUAGUUAAAUUGUUAAAGGACAGCAAAGACUUGCUUGAUGAAAAUGUCUUAAAGUUUUAUACCAAACAAUGGGAAGAUUAUCAAUUCUCAAGUAAAGUUUUGAAUGGUGUUUGUGCCUAUCUAAAUCGACAUUGGGUUCGUCGAGAAUGUGAUGAAGGAACUAAAGGAAUUUAUGAAAUUUAUUCUUUGGCCUUAAUUACUUGGAGAGACAACCUGUUUAAGCCAUUGAACAAGCAGGUCACUAAUGCUGUUCUUGCACUUAUUAAAAGGGAGAGGCAUGGUGAGACUAUCAACACCAGAUUGGUUAGUGGUGUCAUCAACAGUUAUGUGGCACUUGGUUUAAAUGAAGAUGAUCCCUCGGCAAAAGGUCCAACGUUGAGUGUAUACAAGGAACAUUUUGAAAGUCCUUUCUUAAGUUACACAGGAAGAUUUUACACAUGGGAAAGUACAGACUUUUUAGCACACAAUCCUGUCACUGAAUAUAUGAAAAAGGCUGAAACUCGUCUAAUGGAAGAGGCCAAACGUGUGCAAUUGUAUCUUCAUGAGAGCACCCAGGAUGGAUUAGCUAAAAUCUGUGAGAAGACCCUAAUAGAAAAACAUCUUGACAUAUUUCAUGUUGAAUUUCAAAAUUUACUUGAUGAUGAUAAACAUACUGACCUUGGUCGGAUGUAUCAGCUAGUUUCAAGAAUACAAGAUGGUUUGGUAGAACUACGCUCAUUUCUUGAAACACACAUUUACAAUCAAGGCCUUGCUGCUAUAGAAAAAUGUGGUGAAACAGCUGUAAAUGAUCCCAAAGUUUAUGUUCAGACUAUUCUUGAUGUCCAUAAAAAGUACUCUGCCCUAGUGCAAACAGCAUUUAAUAAUGAUGCCGGAUUUGUUGCUGCUCUUGAUAUGGCUUGUGGUCAGUUUAUUAAUGAUAACUUUGUGACAAAAAAAGAAAACUCAUCUUCUGGAAAAUCUCCAGAGCUGUUAGCCAGAUACUGUGAUCUUCUGCUCAGGAAAAGUUCUAAGAAUCCUGAAGAAGCAGAAUUAGAAGAUACUCUAAAUAAAGUGAUGAUUGUCUUUAAGUACAUUGAAGACAAAGAUGUUUUCCAGAAAUUUUAUAGUAAAAUGUUGGCUCGGAGGCUAGUAUUACAUAUGUCUGCAAGUGAUGAUGCUGAGGCUAGCAUGAUUUCCAAAUUAAAGCAAGCAUGUGGUUUUGAAUAUACCUCUAAACUCCAACGAAUGUUCCAAGACAUUGGAGUUAGUAAAGACCUUAAUGAAAGAUUUAAAAAACACCUUCAGGCUUCAUCUCAACCUUUGGAUAUUGAUUUUAGUAUACAAGUUCUCAGCUCAGGGUCUUGGCCAUUUCAACAAACUGGUUCUUUCAAUUUACCAGUAGAACUUGAAAGAAGUUUCCAAAGAUUUACAACAUUUUACAGCAGCCAGCACAGUGGGCGUAAGUUAAAUUGGUUGUACCAUCUCUCGAAAGGAGAACUGGUGACUAGCUGCUUUAAAAACAAGUAUACACUACAGGCUUCAACCUUUCAAAUGGCUUGUCUUCUACAGUACAACACAGCUAAUGUAUUAACAGCUCAGCAACUAUGUGAAAGCACACAGAUUAAGUUUGAUACUCUUGUACAGGUAUUAAAGAUCUUACUGAAGACUAAAUUACUAAUGACAGAUGCUGAUGAUGAAAAUGAUUUACUACCCACCUCACAACUGGCCUUCUUCAAUGAUUACAAAAAUAAAAAAUUACGAGUUAAUAUUAAUGUUCCCAUGAAAACAGAGGAAAAAAUGGAGCAUGAAUGCACUCACAAAAACAUUGAGGAAGAUCGGAAAUUACUUAUUCAGGUAAGUUAAAAAUUUGAUUGAUUUAUUGAUUG